UGGGCCAAUUCAUCCGAUAGUUUAUAAAGCGGUUCAUCGUUGCUAUCAGCUGCCACUUUUCCCGGGACGAAAAUGUACACGGCACAGGUUUUCUUCACUAUCUUGUUGGCUGUUAGUCAGCUUAAUUUCUCAGAGGGCAGACCAAAGGAUACACUACAAAAAGAAAAUCUUAAGGAACUGCUGCUGAGACAUUCCGUGGGAUAUAACGCAUCCACGAAUAAGGAACAUGGUAAGGACAACGGGAGAAGCCUGGAGGAAGAAAUCGAUGAUAGGGAAAUUGACCCCGAUGACCCCUAUAUGCAGUUACUACUCAGCAUGGGCGUGGAGGAAGACGGCGUCAUUAAACACCCCAAAGGGUUGCAUCCCGAAAAUUCCAAGAAACUUGUAGAGGAGAGAUUGGAUAGAACCAUGGAGGGGGAGCUUGAAACUGAUAAAGAAGGCAGACGGAGAAAGCAGAAACGGAUGAAGAGGAAUUUCGGACCAGAGUGGCAGAAAUGGCCGAUGUCUACUGUUCCUUAUUCAUUUGCAUCCAAUUUAGUGACCAACCGAGAAUCGUUUUUGAAGGCUGUCGAAUUGUUUGAUAACCUGACCUGUAUUCGAUGGAAGCCGAAGUCACCGGAAGUAGAGACGGAAGUAGGACACAAGGGAUACGUUCUUGUACAAAACGCGGCAGGUUGCAGUUCGGGAUUAGGUUUUUAUGGCGACAGUGAACACCAUAUUACCCUUCAGGAGCCCGGAUGUGGAUCGGUGAGGAUAGCUGUACAUGAAAUGCUACACAGACUCGGACAAAGACACGAACAAUCGCGGAAAGAUCGGGAUCGAUAUGUCAAUAUUAAAUGGGAAAACAUCAAUCCGGGAACUGAGUACAACUUUUAUCGCCGGAUGACGUACAAUCGUAACCCGUAUGACUUUGGAAGCGUGUUGCAGUAUGGGCUGACGGAUUUCGGAAAUGGAAAUCCGACAAUAGAACUGAGAGACACAAACCUGAGAUUUCUGGAGUACCCUGGUGACCACGUGUUCUCUUUCUAUGAUUUGAAGGACGUUUUGGAUCAGUAUGACUGCACAGCCCAUUGUACAUCGCCCCCUGUCUGUCAGAACUCGGGAUACGUCAAUAUCAAAUGUCAGUGCACAUGUCCGACAGGUUUCACUGGAGAUAUAUGUCAAACGAUUGUCACAGAUCAGGACUGUGGUGGAGAAAUUUAUCUAGAGGAAAAUGGUGGACUGGAAACAUCGGUCACUUCUCCUAAUUAUCCGAAUAAAAUUGGUCACGGUAAAAUCUGCAGAUGGGUAGUCAAGGCACCGGAUGGUUACAUCAUUAAGAUGACGAUAGACGGUCUCCACAUGGCUUAUAAUCCGGACACACUCCGAUGUUAUCACUGGCUGGAAAUACAGUACAACCUCCCGGGACAACCAGGAAUAAGACGAUGUGGUGAUGUCGUUGGUGAGACGUUUUUGACGUCCCGCGAUUCACCUACACUAAUGAUUGUUACCAUGGACACCAAAUUCGCAGGCAGCAGAACAACACUUAAAGGAUUCAAACUGCACUUUGAGAAGGAAAGAGAAGUGUGCAGGGACAGCCUCUGUAAAUACGGAGUGUGUUUUCCAACGGAAGUUACGGCAUGCCAGUAUAAAUGUGUGUGUCAGAUUGGAUACACCGGAGAACACUGUGACCAAGUCAUAGACGAGGCCAGUCUUAAAUGCACAUUUGAGAGAUUUGAGAAAUGUUUCUUCGACAACAUACAGGAAGGAGACAAUUUUGAAUGGGGUCCUGGGUUUAAACACACAAUCUCCAUGGGAACAGGUCCCGAGGAGGCCUAUAAAGGCGAGAGAUUUCUUUUUACUGAGAUGUCGUCACCGAGAAAACCGGGCGAUAGAGCAGUGAUACAGACCACAUUACCCCUACCAGCAAAAGCCGGGUGUCUCUCCUUUGCUUACAACAUGUUUGGUCGCCAUGUCAACAAGCUAACCUUGUUUGCUGAGGGAACAAACACAGCCAAGGCCUCCCUCUGGUCAAAAGAAGGAAACCAGGGUUCUGAUUGGUUGAUAGCCAAAGUGAAUGUACCAGCUACAACAGGAUUAAAGCUCUCCUUUGAGGCCAUCACGGGGGAUGCCUGGGACAGUGACGUAGCACUGGAUGAAAUCACGUGGGAAGUUGGACAAUGUGACACUAACAUUGCUAAAGAUUGUAUAGAAAUUGGAAAAGAGUAUGAAGGAACACACGACCACACUAAAGGAGGCAUAAAGUGUCAAGCGUGGUCAGCGACCUCACCACACACACCCAACGCCAGAUAUGCCUACCUUGCUACCGAGUCAAACUAUUGCCGGAUCGCUGAUGAACCUGUGCCUUGGUGCUACACCACAGACAACAAAACACGAUGGGACUGGUGUGACGUGCCUUACUGUAUUGCGACUGAAUGUAUGUACACACCUAACGGACUAGACUACACCGGAACUGUGAGUCACACCCAGACUGGAAUACCGUGUCAAAGAUGGGAUUCACAGACUCCCCACCCCCACAGCUUAAACAAUUUGUACAAGGACGAGAACUACUGCAGGAAUCCGGAUAGAAGUGUGGGUCCCUGGUGUCACACCCAGGAUCCAGACACGAGGUGGGAUCUCUGUGACGUACCCAAAUGUGAGUUGAUCAAGGAUAGGGAGUGUCUUAUAACGGGCAGAGGGCUGGACUAUGCUGGAAAAAAAGCCGUAACAACUUCCGGAAAAACGUGUCUAUCCUGGACAGAUGAGGCAAUGAGUGGCGAUUCCAAUUACUGUAGAAAUCCAGAUGUAUCUCCCAAGCCUUGGUGUUACGUAGAGGGAGAAACCGGACCGGUUAAGGAAUAUUGCGACAUUCCACUCUGUGUUUCAGCAAACUCUCCAUGUUUUCCGAAUCCAUGUAAGAACAGAGGACAAUGUGAUGUCAACGAGACGUCGUACAGCUGUACCUGUCUGGAAGGAUUCAAGGGAGAUAACUGUGAAUUAGAGGACCAAGUUGGAGUUGCUGAGUGUAAAAGAACAAGUGAUGGACGAGACUAUAAAGGUACAAUACACGUCACAACAUCGGGACGGACAUGUCAGGUGUGGGCUUCUCAAUCUCCUCACAGCCAUGGGACGGGAACAGAUCUACCGGGAAAUUAUUGUAGGAACCCGGAUGGUGAACCAUCACCCUGGUGCUAUACCACAGACACGAAUGUACGAUACGAGUUGUGUGAUAUUCCUGAUUGUGUCACACCACCGCUGGAGUGCCUCUCUAACUCGGACCCCACAGGACAAUCAUACUUCGGAACGCAGAAUGUCGCCAAUACUGGGGAUGUGUGUCAGAGAUGGGACAGGCAGUCACCACAUACCCAUAUCUAUACUGGAAUCGGUGACCAAGGUAAUUACUGCCGAAACCCGGAUGACGGAAGCACCCCCUGGUGUUACACCGUGAACCCGGAAGUUCGUUGGUCCCAGUGUGAUAUCCCCCGUUGCUGAUGUGAAGACUUAAAAUAACCAGUUAACGUGAAGGACUUAAAAGAUCACUUGAUUUCAGAUUUGAUAAUUUCUUAUGUUUUCUUCUAGUUCUGUUGCAUUGAUUACGCUAAUUUUAAUUUUUUAUUUGAAUAUGUGUGUUGUUUAUCUCAUUAUAUUUUGAUACAAAAUGCAUUUUAUAUAUCUACUUGGAAAUAGAACCGAUUGCUGAAUUAUAUUAUAAAGUAUUACAUCCAUCAAA